UGCGUCGGUGUGACGUAAGACCGGGACGAUCGGAGCUCCGCUUACUAGCUCGAGUUUAGGAGAUGUAGCGUUACGCUUAUGUAGGCUAUCCAUCUAUCUCACUCUAUAAUAUAGCAUACAAAUGCAAAAAAAGACUUGAGUGAAGGGUAAAGGGGGAACACUAGAUUGGUCGAUUGCCAGGGAACUCGUGCCGCGGUUGAUUGGCAGGCAGGCUGGUUGGUGGACAGCUCAUCGCACCCAAGACCUGGAAAUAACCAGCGGACCGAAUGUGAAAGUAAGCAAAAAAGAACCUUGUGAUGUCGCCACUAGAUUGGUCAACCCUGCGCUUCAUUAUGGGCAUGUGUUGUCUUCAGACAACUGCGGUGAGGAUGGAGGGGACCCCGGAGAAGCCUAAAGCCCCCCAUAAGAAAUUCCGCAUCAAACUGAAGCUCCCACAGUUAACGCAGUUGGCGCGUCCGAAGUUCAAACCAAAAGGCAGCACCGAGCAGAGCGACUCUCUACCCGGCGCUGACCUGUUAGUAAGCGCUUCAGAGACACCUUUGAGCUUCGGGGAGCUGUUGGAUCAGAAUUCCCUUGCGGAGGCGAGCCGAUUGCUGAUCAACCGCGAGGACCAGCACUUCAGACGGGUGUCGGCAGAACCAGACCCCAGGUCCCUGCAGCAGGCCCCAGGCUCUCAUGGAGGCGCUGAGGAAGAGAAGGGGGAAGACGAUGAAGAUGUUCUACAGAAGGACCUUGAGGCUCUGAUGUUUAAUGUGUGGACGGUCGUCCACAGCACCAUAACCCCCCCUAGCUCCAACUCCUCCUCCUCCUCCACCUCCUCCUCCUCCUCCACCUCCACUUCCUCCUCCUCCCAGGAUGACCUGCGCCUCCUGCAGAGUGCAGUGAGCGUCAUCCUCCAGCAGGAGGCGCAAGACAAAUGCUGGGAGGAGCAGCAGAAGAACGGGGAGCGUGGUGGGGGUAGCGAUGUGGGAGGAGGAGGAGGAGGAGGAGGAGGAGGAGGAGGAGGAGGAGGAGGAGGUGGGGCGAACCUUCCUGACUGGCGCCCGGUAGAGUGCCUUAAAACCCACAGGGAGCUGCUGGCCGCCAUGGUGGAGUCUAGGCUGAACAGCGCCGGCCCGCCGGACGGCGUCGGGGCGACCACCCUUUCCAGCGAGGCCAAGAAGGAGCUGUGUGGCCUGGGGAAGAGGCUGCAGGAGGACCUGCUAGUGGUGGUCCGGAAGGUGUCCGUCUGCUACCCAGAGGAGCUGGGCGUCGCCGAGCUCUACGCCGGCCUGUACCACCGCGGCUUCGCCAGCCGGCUGACCGCGCUGGCGCGCACCCCGCUGGGGCUGGACGACUGCAGCUACCUGCUCUUCUGGGUCAAUGACUACUACUCCAAGGCGAUCUUGAAGCACGAGGAGCUGCAGUCUGUCUUCACCCACGCUGAACUGGGAGCUCUGGUCCCUCAGAAGGAGCUGAACCAGCUGGAGGACCAGUACCUCACCCAUAAAGAGGGUCAGGUGGGGGCAUGGCUUGGUUCUGCCCUGGCCAGUGAGCAGAAGAGCUGGCAGAGAGGACCCGAGAAGAUGGACCUCUACUGGUUCAGCCCUCUAGCUGUGGACACGCUACAGAUAGUGGAGAGUGUUGUGUGUGAGGCUCGGUUGGUCCUCAGUGACCCGAGUAAAGCCCAGCGAAUCACAGCCCAGCUGCAGCCCUUCUUCACCAGCUACAGGAAGGCUUUGGAGGACUUCACCCGGCGUAACCAUGACAACGGCCCUGCGGUUGUGAAGGCCAACCUGGGCUGUAUCCAACAGUUCAG